CGAGUAUCUUAAUCCUAAUUUCCACAUCGCUGUAUAUUGCGCAACAAAUAUUCGUUUGUGUCGAUUGCGAUUGAAUUGUUUGUUAAUUCCACAGCAUAGUGGUCUAAGAAAUAUCUUAAAAUGCAAGGAUUGGGUCUUCAAAGUUUAAAAAAAAAUCCAGCCUUAAUUCCAUUAUAUGUAUGUGUUGGAGCUGGAGCGCUCGGUGCAGUUUACUAUACUUUGCGCUUAGCUACACGAAACCCUGAUGUAACAUGGAAUCGUUCAUCGAAUCCUGAACCUUGGCAAGAAUACAAAGACAAACAAUACAAGUUCUAUUCACCGAUUAGGGAUUACAGGAACAUUAAAUCCCCAGCCCCUAAAUAUGACGAAUAAUUUAAUAAAGAUUAUAUAUCUUUCGGCUAGAAUAUUUAUUUAGCUGAUCAAAAACUGA